AUACCAGUGGGUGAGAUCGGAGGAGGAGGAGGAGGCGCGCGCGCUCCAGUUAUCUUUAUCUGUCACCGGCAGCACGUGCAGCUUGGGCAGCGGCAGAUAGAUAUUUUGCAAGCGCAAGCGCUGUUCAGGGGCUCGUGGGAGUUUUUUAUAAUCCAGUAACACCGGGAAAAAUAUAUAUACAAACCGGAGGGAUUAUUGUCCUCGUGCCUAUCUCGGUGGGAAAGCGCGAGACGGAAAAAAACGAGGGACUUACAGGACUGGUGUGGAUCCAGGACGCCUCUUCAUCACAGAUAUGAAGCUGUUCACUGACUCAGUCUGACAUCAGAAAGGGAGCCUCUUUGAAGUUUUCCCAAAUGAUGAUGCAAAAGCAGCAGCUGACCCGCACCUCUCCAGGAAGUGUGUGUUCUCUGCGAGGGGGGGCUGUGACAGGAACUCCAGCCGUCACUAUUGUGGCUAAAAUGGAUGACCAGGUGAUUGGCUAUAAGGAUUUAGCAGCCAUUCCUAAAGACAAGGCCAUACUGGACAUCGAGCGUCCUGACCUGAUGAUAUACGAACCACACUUCAGCUACACAAUGCUGGAACACACUGAGAGGUCCCUCUCUCCACGCUCCCUCUCUCCUCCUCUCUCUCCUGAGAGCUCAGUCAUGUCGAAGGAGUCGAGGGAGUGUGUGGAGCAGAAGUCUUCAGGCAGCUCGUCUCCGGCCUCCACCCUGCUGUCUGUGUGCAGAAGGAGCAGUGUGAGCAAGAACACACCACUACAGCAGCACUUCCACCGGCCUGAUAACGGCACAAAUAUUUACAAGAAGCCACCGAUCUAUAAACAAGACCUGUCUCAUGUUCCUCAGAGUAAACACAUGGAGGAUCUGAUCAUUGAAUCGUCCCGUUUUCCCGCCGCUCAGCCACCUGACCCAAACCUGCCAUCUAAGAUCGAAACCGAGUCCUGGCCCUGUCCCCCCUCCCUCGCUGUGCUGGAGACGGAGUGGAGGAAGAAGUCUAAUAAAGCCUCAGAAGAGCAGGAAGAGGAAGAGGAGGAUGAGUAUGAUGAAGGUGAUGACCUGUGGAGACUCCGACAGAUGCAGAAACAGGAACUCAACAAGAUUCAGUCUAAUCUAGGGAAGUUGAUCCUGAAGGAGGAGAUUGAGAGAGCGACUCCAAUACGCAGGAAGACUCGCUCUCUACCCGACCGCACGCCCACUCCUCUUGGAACCAGAUCUCCAUCAUUUCCUUCAUACAGUCGGAGUGGACUGAGCCGGCUCCAGUCUGCAGAGUUUUCCACCUCACACACUGAUAAAGCCAAUCACAGUGAGUGUUCUGUUCUGUUCCUCAUUAUAACACUGCUCUUAUGUCGUGGUCAUCAAAUUCACUCCUUUUGUUUUUUUUUUCCUUUCACAGAUUUUCAGAAUGGCGAUGCUCAGGGCAGGAGGAUGGACAGAGGGAACUCACUGCCCACGAUGCUGGAGCAGAAGAUUUAUCCCUAUGAGAUCCUCAUGGUGACUCAUCGAGGCAGAAAUAAACUUCCACCAGGAGUGGACAGGACGAGGCUGGAGAGGCAUCUCUCUCCCGAGGAGUUUGAGAAUCUGUUCGGUAUGACGAUGGAGGAGUUCGAUCGCCUGUCUCUCUGGAAGAGGAAUGAACUGAAGAAAAGGGUCUCGCUCUUCUAGCGCUAUAGAACACACACACACACCGCAUUUCUCUUUAAAAAAAAGGAGAGCGAGGAUGAGAAUCCACCAGCAGGACGAGAAACACACACAUCACGAUGUCUAUAUCUGCGAUUACACUAUCAGGAGCUGUGAUGAGGAUGAGGAUUUGACUGAGACUAAUACAUUCACUUCGACAAGCCAUGACACGCUGCACUAAUCACAUCAUUCACACAGAACUGCCAGCUCUAAGCGUGUGCCGAUAAUCAGUGCUAGGAUAAAAAGAGAAACUAAGUGUGUGGGCGGGGCUAAAAUCAGUCCCAUUCUGAAGGCAGCAGGAAGUCAGAUGUUUUCGACGUAGCUUGCUAGUGUAUACACUAUGUUGCCAAAAGUAUUGGGACACCCCUCCAGAUCAUUGAGUUCAGGGGUUUGACUCGGCCCCUUAGUUCCAGUGAAAGGAACUCUUAAUGCUUCAGCUUCAUACCAAGACAUUGUGGACAAUUUCAUGCUCUUUGUGGGAACAGUUUGGGGAUGACCCCUUCCUGUUCCAACAUGAUUGCACACCAGUGACCAAAGCAAGGUCCAUAAAGACAGGGAUGAGUGAGUUUGGUGUGAGGAACUUGACUGGCCUGCACAGAGUCCUGACCUCAACCCCAUAGAACACCUUUGGGAUGAAUUAGAGCGGAGACUGUGAGACAGACCUUCUCGUCCAACAUCAGUGCCUGACCUCACAAAUGCUCUUCUAGAGGAACGGUCAAAAAUUCCCAUAAACACACUCCUAAACCUUGUGGAAAGCCUUCCCAGAAGAGUUGAAGCUGUUAUAGCUGCAAAGGGCGGGACAACUCCAUAUUACAUUCAUGUACAGGUAAAGGCAGAUGUCCCAAAACUUUUGGCAAUAUAGUGUAUGCAUGUAGCUAGCUGUGAUUGGUUACUGAUGAGAGACAGGUGAUCUUUAAUUUUCUGUGUGUGAUGGAGUUAUAUUGUUGCUAUAAUUAUAUGCAAAUGAGAUUAGAUGAUUUUAAGAUGCAACAGAUUUCUUGGAUCCGUGUGGUCCGAAAUUUAUUCAGUUCCCCUCUUAUUGCUUUAGUUCCUUAGUCUUUAGUUAGACAAGCCACACCCAUGAGUGACAUCAGUAACCGUAGGUACCCGCCCACAAGAUACAUGAGUGGCUUGUCUUUGGGUUCAUCUUUAACUGGGCAGCCAAUCAGAGAAAGCUUGCAGCUAAGGACAAUCAUAGUUGAGCCAAUGAAAAUAGAGAAGAGGCGUGGCUUAAGUCAACUUAGCCUCACUUUUAGCUAAAUAAAGUUUGAGUCUGGGUUUUAGAAACAAGAAGCCAUGACAGCAGGUUUUCGGACAUAACGCAAUAAUUUUAAACAGAUUAUCGGAUUAGCUAGCUGCUCAAGCUAAUGGAGCUUCACACGCUAAUUCUAAAAUGCCAUGAUUACAAAAAGGUCGGCACACGCCUAGCUUCCUGCUUUUACUUCACUCCUGUAACUGAUAUGGAAUUUCCACAGAGCUGCAUUAACCAAUCAGAGUGAAGAUGAUCUGAAGACAUGUAUCUGCUUAACACGAUGAUAGAUUGUAAGACGAGCGCGUGAUCGAUAACAUCUCUGUUCUUAACUCGCAGUGUAUUGAUCACACCGCUCCACCCCCCUCCCUCUCUCUGUCUCUCUUUUCUUCCAUCAUUUUGCUGCUAAUGCAUUAAUAAGCACCUUUACCCUUUGGUUAGAUCCUCUUUCGUUAUUUAGCGACGGAUUGAGAGUUUGAACAGUGUCCUUGUUUUAUCCACCUUAUUUUAAACCACAGAAAUAGGUAGCAGCAGCUCUAGCAGUUAGCAUGAAGCAGUAACAUCUGCAUGAACAUUAACUUCUAAUCCCAAAUUAGCAACAUGCAUAGUUUGCUAGUUUCGCUAGCUAUUGUUAUCAGCGAAUGUUGCCAAUAUUAAUCAUGAACCGUUAGCGAUGUGGCUAGAAAAUAGCAUGUCUGUGAAUUCUUUGCAUUCGUAAAUGUCUGCUCAGUCAGAGAGGAUCUAAAAUGGCCGCCUGACUGCUUGAGCUGAAUCAAUUUAUUAUUUACAAAAUAUUUCUAGACAGGGUCAUUUCUUAAUAUUGAAGACUUCUAAAUGUUUUAUUAUUAUUAUUAUUAUUAUUAUUAUUAUUAUUAUUAUUAUUAGGUUUAAACUCUGAAAACACAAAGUGCUUCACUGCUAACAUUAAACAGCUGCUAUGAGCUAACCUGACAGGAAUUUUCAUAAACUAGCUGCAAAUGUUAGCAGGGUGACUAGGCUGAGCUAAGAUGACACAAAUUCUAUCAAUUUUAUUUAAAUCCAUGAAAUCUGAUUUUGGCUAGUAUGAGCUAAUAACUAGACCAGAAUCCUGAGAAGAAUUUUGCUUCAUCUUCAACGUUAAACUUGAGAGGAACUUAAACACAUUUAAGCUCAAUAUCACUGCUGUUAGCUGAUGGAUCACAUUAUUAAUAAAUCUCUCCAUAACAGUUGCUAGCUAAAUCAGCAAGCUAGAUAUGUUGCUAACAGUCAUAUCCCUAGUGUUAAAAAUAAACUAGCCAGGAAGUAGCUUACUGGAAAUCUUCCACAGUAUAGCUCUGUAAGUAAGGUGGAUUAGAGGAAGUUUGUUGGGAUUUUAGAUGAAUUGAUUUGAUUUUAGCCCGCUAGCUAAUUUCCUGCUUAUUUUGGAGUGUUUCAUAUUGGAAAGGUUUUUUUGAAUAUAUAUGUAUAUAUAUAUAUAUAUAUAUAUAUAUAUAUAUAUAUAUAUAUGAUAUAUUUUCAUUGUUGCUCCAGUGACCAAAUGAUGUGCAGCUAGGUUUCUCUCCAGCGCGCUCCAAUAUUGUUUUUAUCGUGCAUUUAUCAUCCAUGUUAGAGUCUUAAAAUGGCUCCAGCCAAAAUGCUACCAAUUAGCAUGAUUACCGUCAGUGGUGUUAGCAUCCAACUCUUCCUUUUGGGAGGUUGCCUUCGGAAGCCCUGGAAUUUUACCUAAACUACCUUAACGGAUAAGCCAAGCGGACUUUCGGAGUCAUACGGGAAAGUCACCUAGCGCCUGUUAAAAGCCGGACGGAAACACAUCCUCUCUUUUGUUCUCUACAAAACUUAAACCAGACAAAAAAAUAAGAAAUAAAAACACACUUGAGACAUUCCACAUGAAACCUGUAGUAGGCACGUUUUGCUAGCAACAGUGCUAACAACAAAGAUCAGCAGGUUUUUGAUUUCAGAAGGAGAAUGUUGACUUUUAGUCGUCACAAAGACAGCCAGCCAAUCAGAUGUCAGGGGUGGGGCUUUACGAAUAGAUGAAGUCACGCUCUGGAGUGUAAAUAUUAUUAGUAUUCAAAUAUAAUUAACAUUUACAAACUGUUUAUUAAUCAACACGUGACGGUGUGACGUCUUCAGCAGCUCCGAAUGAGUUUUAUAAAAAUUUCACACGGCAUUCACACACGGAAUCACGUUAUAUAUCACUUACAGGAAUAUCAACAUUUCUUGCUCUUUAUUUUAAAAAACUGACUGGAAAUAACAAAAUUAACUAUCGACUGGUUCCGUGAACGUCCUUUGUCAUGACUAAGAUGUUAUUAUUGUUUUGUUAUUUCCUCAUCAUUAGGAGUUUUGUUAUCCUGAUUUAUUAGUGAACUGUUAACACUUGGAUUUUUUUUGUUGAAUAAAAGUUUGGGGUUUUGUCGUA